AUGGUGUUGGAAGAAGAGAAGCAAGCUCUUGGCCAGGAUGAACUUGUCCUCCAGGGAACUCUGGGGAGCUAUGUGAGGCUGUGGCUGGAAAGAAUUGUUCGCCUCUGCCCACUGAAGUAUCUGAUCCCAAUUCUUCAGAAAUUCAUCUCCAUUUGCUCAGCCCUCCAUGGGAGAAGAGAAGCCCUCGCGGGCUUGAAACGCCCAGUCCGCUCAUCGGUAAGACCAGUACGGCAUGCCAAGAAGCGACUGGGAAUCAUAGCCUGGCUUAUUCUAGCCUUGCUCCCCAGGUGGCUUGAGUGGGAGCUGAGUUGGGGAUCUUGCAUCCCCAAAGAGACACUGAACAUGUCGGUGAACCCGUCGGGCAAAGGGAGCAAGAGGAAGGAGGACGACGUCUUUCUGGAAGAGCACCAGUGUUGGGUGGAAACGCUCCUCCAGGAAUUGCCGGAUGAAGAUGACCCUGAGGACUCAACCUACGAGCCCACAUAGUCAGAGACAGACAGUGAGGAGUAUAAAUCCCACAACAGCACAGAGACCGACCUGGAGUUCGAGGAGAACAAUGGGAUGGUGAUGCUGAAGGAACCUCCCACUCUGCAGGAGGCUCCGAACAAAGAAGAUGAGAUGGCCAUCGCCACGGUUUCCGAACCCAGAGCCGAGAGCGAAAGGGCCCCUGAUUCUCAGACUUUGGGAGACGAAAGCAAGGACCAUGCAUCCCACAAGUGCCAAAAAGACGCAGAGCCUUGA